AAUUAUUUCGCUGCAAUCCGCCGACCAGAGCUGACCGCCAGAGAUGACCACCUCCGCCGAUAGUGUGUUCGUUGCCCGUUCCGAUGGUAUCUCCGCCGAAGGAGUCAGGGACCAGUAUGCCGAUGGCAAGGCCGCCAAGGUGUGGGAGAUCUUCAUCGGGGACAAAAACUCCAGGACGGACAACUACAAGAACUUCUUAAUCGAUAUGUUGAGGAAAAAGGGCUGCAAAAGGGUCCUUGAUGUGGCCUGUGGAACGGGUGUGGACUCCCUGAUGCUUGUGGAAGAGGGUUUCGAGGUGGUUUCCGUAGAUGCAUCGGAUAAGAUGUUGAAAUACGCUCUGAAGGAGCGCUGGAAUCGCCGCAAGGAGGCUUCUUUCGAUAACUGGAUCAUUGAAGAGGCCAACUGGCUGACCCUGUACGAUGACAUUCAGGAGCACAUUAAAGAUGGCUUCGAUGCUGUUAUCUGUCUGGGAAACUCCUUUGCCCAUUUAAUGGACGGCUUCGGAGAUCAGCGGGAGCACAAACAGGCCAUUCGCAACUUCGAGAAGUGCCUGAAGCCUGGUGGAGUCCUGCUGAUUGAUCACCGAAACUAUGACAAUAUCCUGGAAACUGGAGCCACGCCCGCCAAAAGUAUUUACUAUAAUACAAGCCACACGGCCGACAUCAAGACCUCCGUGCUCUUCUACUGCGGCAAGCCCGCACUGGUCUCCAUGGACUACCUCAUCGAGGGCAACAAGCUAAGCAGCGAGUUCCGCCUCUCCUACUAUCCCCACGAACUGAAGCGCUUCCGGGACAUCCUUGGGGAGAUCUUCUCUCCCAAAGCCGCCCAUCAGCUGUACGGCGACUUCAAGGAGAUGAGCCAAGUAAAGAAUCCCGCCUUCUACAUCCAUCUGAUCGAGAAGCCGCAGGUUUAGGUUUUAAGCAACUAGUUUGUAUUCACAUAAGGCCACACAUGACACAUCCACAUAAAAAUAUAUACACAAAGCUCCGCCGAUUCACAUAACAA